GCUGCCGGGAGGAAGCGCCGCUUUGUUAUGAGCUGGAGGAAGAGGAGGUCGCCCAGCCCAGGCUCCGAUCGCCGGUUCCCGGGGACAGAGAGAGAAAGGAGGCGGAGAGAAAGGGGGGAGGAGGAGGAAGAGGAGGAGGAGGAAGGAGACGGUGCGGCUUAGAUAACGGGAGGGCUGCUGUAAUGGCCGCGAAGUCGGACGGGGUGCUGAAGAUGAGAAGGGGCGAUGUGGCGUUCACGCCCCUCCAGGAUUGCGAUCAGUCGCAGGGGAUGGUCCAGGGCUCGCAACCGGGCUCCGGAGCACCAGAGGGCGACUUGGUGAGCGGGGAGCCGCGCUGCUGUGGAUCGUCCUCGGCGUGCCUGCGCUUGGGGAGGCAGCAGCGGGACUACUCGGUGUGGGACUGCCUAUGGAUCCUUGCCGCCGCCGCGGUGUAUCUGGCCGACGUGGGCACCGACGUGUGGCUGUCGGUGGACUAUUACCUCCGUCGUGAUUACUGGUGGUUCGGGCUCACGCUCUUCUUCGCGGUGCUCGGUUCCUUCUCGGUCCAGCUCUUCAGUUUCCGAUGGUUCGUGCACGACUUCGGCUCGGACCGCAGCGCCGGUGCCGCCGCCGACCGCCCUCACACGGACGGUAAGGUGCUGAGCGCCUCCGCCUCGCACGGAGACAUGGACUCCCACCCAUCCGCACCUCAGGCGUCCAGCACCACCGCGAGCAUCAGCGACCAUGCGGCCAGCAAGAAGAGGUCCUGCUCCUUCUGCAUUUGGCUUCUUCAGUCCAUCAUCCACAUCCUGCAGCUGGGUCAGAUCUGGAGGUAAUUUCUUUAUUAUGUGGGACUUUCUGGCUGGGAGACUCUGGGGUGAAAAAAGCAAAAAAAAAAAAUAGCAGGAAAAAAAACCGGGACAAAGUGUUUAAUUAGGUGACCUAUUUGUUGCAACAAUAGUAUGCUCUGCCCUGGAAAAGCCCGAUUUGUUUUAUUUACAUUUAUUUAUUAUUGA